UAGAUAGCAGACUCUCUUGUCUUUCAUGUAACCAUUCCAGAUGCUCAGAGCAGUGGGUUGUGUUCUUCUUUGUGUCUGUGAAGAUCCUUGAGACACAUUCCAGUCAAGCCUUCUGUUGUUUAAAAUAAUUUUUUUCCACAGGAAGAAACUUCAACAACUGGAUUUCACUGAAGUCAGAAAAUGUGGAGAUGAAGCAUCACAGAGAACUUUCAUGAUACUUGAGAAUAUGAAACAUUACACCAGCAUUCACCGCAUACUGCAAAAUAAACUGCAAUUCUGUCCUGAAAGGAGAGGAGCAUGCAGGAAAACAUUCUUUCGGAGAUGGCAAACUCGUACGCCAUAGCGAUUGUUCUGGUCAUCACGUCGGCUUUAAAAAGUGCCUCUUCAGCGGUGGAGAUAGCACUGAUAUCAUCAGUUCAUGGCACCCUACAUGGACACAGUGAAAAAGCAAGGUAUCUUUUGGCUGUAGGAACUGGCCUUUAGGUGUACCCACGUAUCACUGCGGGAGUUCCCAGAAAACAUACAAGUCAUUUCCAUCACUGGGUCAUCAGGGGAUAUGUGCAAAAUAUUCUCAGUUGGAACAAACUCACUCUAGACUGCUCAAGGUAUGUUGAGUUAGAUCACUCAAGAAGAUGGAGGCCACAUUCUCAUCAACCGUGAGAAUGGCCAUGGUCACAGACAAAGGCAGCUCACUCAGAAUCAGCCCCAACAUUUCCUACAAUGCUACUGGGGAUAAUGCCUCAACAGUCAGCUCCAGUUCCAUGGAAGACAUCAUAGCCACAUGUACCAUUGGGACUAUCCUCUCUGUUAUGUGCAUUAUUGGCGUGACUGGCAAUAUAUAUACUUUAGUAGUGAUGGGCCACUAUCUGAGGUACUCAGCUUCUAUGUACAUCUAUAUCAUCAAUCUCGCCCUAGCAGACCUUUUGUACCUUCUCACCAUCCCUUUUGUUGUUGGGACAUAUUUUCUUCAGGAAUGGUACUUUGGUGAUAUUGGAUGCCGGAUCCUUUUUAGUUUGGAUUUCCUAACAAUGCACGCAAGCAUCUUCACUUUGAUGGUAAUGAGUACAGAGAGGUACUUUGCAGUGCUGAAGCCUCUGGAUACUGUGAAGAGAUCUAAGAGUUAUCGGAAAGCCAUUGCCAUUGUAAUCUGGAUAGUGUCUCUGCUUCUCACACUCCCUAUGCUUCUCAUGAUAAAGCUGGUACAAGGAAACAAGAAAAUCUGCCUUCCUACCUGGAGCAAACUGUCCUCCAAGAUCUAUAUCACUAUCCUCUUCUGCACCAGCAUUGUGGGUCCAGGGGUAAUAAUCGGGUACCUUUAUAUUAAACUGGCAAGAACUUACUGGGUGUCCCAAACCACUUCUUUCAAACAGACCAAGCGGCUUCCCAACCAAAAAGUAUUAUAUUUAAUUUUUACUAUAGUACUGGUCUUCUGGGCUUGUUUUUUGCCUUUCUGGAUAUGGCAACUAAUUUCUCAGUAUUGUGAAUACUUCCCAGUUUCUCAGAAGACCUUGAGGAACAUCAACUAUCUAACCACAUGCCUGACUUACAGCAACAGUUGCAUCAACCCUUUUCUCUAUACCUUGCUGACCAAAAACUACAAAGAGUACUUGAGAAAUAGGCAACGUUCAUUUAAUAGCAGCAAUGGAUAUUUUCAGAGGAGGAACAGGUUUCAGAGAAUCUCUGGGAGGUCAUUGUCCUCCUGCAGCCAGCACUACACUGAGACAGUUGUGCUUUCUCCUAUCCCUGGUGGAAAUAACAGUGUCUGAAGAAAAAAAACAUUCAUUCAAAUAUUAACCAUCGUCAGCCUAGACAGAAAAUAUGCAUUGAAGGUGGCCAACGCUCAGAAAUUUGGCAAGAGGCAUCAAAAAUAGGCAUAGCUUUGGACUGUGUUCUCCUAAAGGCAUACUUCUAUUGCUUGCUGCCUUUGUAAUAAUUCUGUGAUGUGUUCCUUCCAGAAACAGUAAAUCACAAGCACAUGUAAUGCAUACUUUAAGAAUUCCUCUAGCUAUUCCAUUAUGCCAUCUUAAGUUAUUGUACCGAUGUUUGCAAAAUGUCUUAAGUUGUUGUCUGUGAAAAAAAGCACCUUCUCCUUUCAGAUAUAGGAAAUUAGCCAGAGGAGCAUUUAGAAAAAGGCUAAUUUUUCAGUUGUACAGUUGCAUUUUUUUUUAUUUUGGUAAAGGCUUGCUAAAGGGUUGUUUGGUAAUGUGAUUUCACUGUUUUGGUUUUAACGAUUUUUGUGAUGUUAUUUUGAUGCUUACUAUUUUUAAACUGCUUGGAGCCCCCUUGACUGGAGGUGAAUUAAGGAUUUAAAUAUUGUUAAGGACAAAUAAAUGAACUGUGUGUGUAAGAACAAACAGUGUCAAACCAAGUAAUAUUAAACAAAGGUAAGAUCCAUUCAGGAAAAAUAAAUUUAAGCACUAAAAAGAAAUACAAAAUAACAUCCUCAUAUACAAAGAAUAUUCUUGGACCUUGGUGUAAUAGAGUGCUUAAAAUAACUAUAUGUUGAUAAAAUGAUGUUCGAUUGCACUAAAUCAUUCUUGCAGCUAUCAUAUCUGCGAACCAGGCAGGUGCUGUCAAUGGGCAGAUAGUCAUUGUUCUAUAUGCCUCUGGUGAGGUUUGAAGCAGAUAUAGUUGUGCACUUAAAAAGUCCUAGGCAUCAAAUCAUUUCAUUCCUGACAUUCCCAUGGGAAUGUCAGCUCAAUGCAUGGCAGCUGUGAAAAAGGCAAACUCUAUGCUGGGGAUAAUUAGGAAAGGAAUUGAUAAUAA